AUGAAAGAUAGUGUGACACCGGCACCACCUUCGCUGCAAUACCCCUAUUAUUCGCCAGCCUAUUCACAUCAUCAAUACGGUUCGCCAGCUUGGCAUCAUUCAAUUUCAUCUUCAUCUCAUCAUUACGAUAUCCCGGUUUCAUCCAGAUCACCUUAUCGUUAUCCACCUGCGGCACACUAUUAUCCGUCCCAUGUAAAUGGUAGAUCUCCUCAAUACCAAUCGAAUGGUCAUAUUCCAUAUCUUGAAGACGAUGAAGAUGCUCGAUCUGAAGAUGGUGAAGACUCCGAUUCACCCAAGCCAUUUGAUAAAAAAAUGUUCAUUGGCGGUCUUUCAUGGCAAACAACACCAGAAAAUCUAAAAAACUAUUUUACACAGUUCGGUGAAGUUGCAGAAUGUAUGAUCAUGAAGGAUGCGAUCACUAAACGAUCACGAGGUUUUGGCUUUAUUACAUUCAAAGACGCGAAUUCGGUCGACAAAGUUCUAGCAAAAGAUGUGCAUAUGCUCGAUGAAAAACAGGUAUGGUGUCUACACAGGAUCAUGUUCGAUUGA